CUCAGCUCAGACAUCCCCGUGUGCGAGCCCGGCGGCGGGCUGUCAAAGUGUCGAGAUUGACGUCAACCCUGGGAAUCAGCGUAACUACAAGAAGUAUACACUUCUUGGUCUUCUGAUCCCGAAUCCUAUAGAUCCUUAUAGACCCCCUUUCAAACCUCGAGCAGAGUUUCACGCUUACGUCGCCUGAGCUGGCACCCAGCAUCACCACCAUGAGCUUCAACCUCAAAGAUCUUGAAGGCCCCAUUACGCUCAUCCUCACUGCUCCAGGUGUUGAUUUGAGUACCAUCAGCGCGAAGCGCGUUCGCCAGAAGUUGUUGGAGGACACCGCGUUGGGUCUGACCACUCAAGGGCUGAAGAAGCGGAGGACAGAGGUGGACACGAUGAUUUCGAAUAUUUUUGAAAAUAUUAGUCGGCAGGCACAAGCAGACGACUCGAAGAGGAAACGCGACGAAGAGACGGAUGAAGCCACAGAGCAGGAUGAUCAAGGGGAGGUUUCGGAGGAACAGGAUGAGCAAGAGGAUGCUGUGGAGGAGCAGGACGCAGAAGCAUCUGAGGAAGAGGACGAGAAACCUCCACCGCCGAAGAAAAAGAAGAGCGCUGCGAAAAGCGUCGAAGAGGCCGAUGCUGAGUUGGCCAGGAAACUUGCAUCAGAACUCAACUCCCGGUCGCGGCGUGGCGCGUCAAAUGGCGCAUCUACUACGCCCAAGAAGCGUAAGACGAAGAAGAGUGCAGCCGUGGUGGAUUCCGGUGGCGAGAACGAUGACGAAGAUGAGGAGAAGCCAAAGAAGAAACGUAGUGGAGGUGCAAGAGGAGGCUUCGCAAAGGAAUACAUACUCAGCGAAUCCCUGUCAGUGGUUGUUGGCGUGGACAAGCUCUCCCGCCCCCAAGUCGUGAAGAAACUAUGGGAGUAUAUUCGUGGUCAUGAACUUCAAAACCCGUCCAAUAGGCGUGAGAUCAUGUGCGACGACAACAUGCGAGCUGUCUUCGGUACCGAAAAGGUUGACAUGUUCCGGAUGAACAAAGUCUUGGGACGGCAUUUACAUGCCCAGUGACAACGUUUGGGAGAGGUACAUCAAGUGUGUCGUUAGUUUUAUGGUGUCAGUUCCUGCUGUAUCCAUCACGCAUUAUUUAUGACCUGUAGUAA